AUGUCGGCCAACUCUCUUCAGCUCUCCGAGUACCUCGAGAAGGUGCAGGGGACGACAUUCAGACGUCUCUACCAGCAGCCCUCGGCCGCAUUCGCAGUGUUCCGGCGCAUGCUGCCACAUCUGGCAAAGACCAUCGUCAUGGCCCUCCUGUACAUGCCGACGCCCCUCUCCGCCAGCGACCUCGACAUCUGGGUGAAGCCGACAUCGAAGAGGCAAAAAGACCAAGCCAUAUCGGUGCUUCAGUCACUUCACAUUAUCCCGAAAGAAGCAUCGACCAUAUCCCUCACCAAGAAUUUCAAGAGCAGUCUGCGCUUGGCUCUCGAGGGUGGCGGAGAUCACAACUCCUUUGGCGUCCCCUCCUCCCUGCCUGUCGCCCCCGAGAUCGAUGUACCGUACCUCGACAAUUGGGCUCGACAGAGAUGGGAUUCGAUAUUGCACUAUGUCGUCAACUCCGUGGGUAUCAGUGACGGAUCCCGCAUGACUGGCGACAAGACAAACGGACCCAACGCGGCAGUAAAGGAGCUAUUGAUUGGGGGACGUCUAGUCGAGCGAAGGAGCACGAGCGUACACAUAACACAAGCUGGCUUCACAUUCCUUUUACAAGAGGCAAAUGCACAAGUCUGGACCCUUCUUUUGUUGUGGCUCGAAGCCGCCGAAACAAAUCCCAGGGCAGGUCUGGAUCAUGUCGACAUGCUGUCCUUCCUCUUCCUGUUGGCCUCUCUGGAGCUCGGUCGCGCGUACAGCACCGAUGCGCUGACGGAGUCGCGGCGAAACAUGUUGCCCUUCUUGGUGGAUUUCGGUUUAGUGUUUAUUCCCCGAAACGACAACAAGUCAUUCUUUCCAACACGCCUGGCUACUACACUCACGAGUAGCGAGAGCAGUCUCCGCAGCGUCAGUGCGGGAUUCACAGCUGCCAGCGAAGGGAUGGCCGAUUCACAGGACAAGAAUGCCGUCAUCCUGGAGACCAACUUUAGAAUAUACGCAUACACCUCAUCGCCGCUCCAAAUCGCCGUCUUGGCCCUUUUCUGCGAGCUGAAAAUGCGCUUCAGAGAGCUCGUCUCUGGUCGCCUCACCCGCAACUCGAUCCGCCGGGCCGUAGAUAUGGGUAUCACUUCGGACCAAAUUAUUUCGUACCUAGCCACGCACGCACACGAGCAGAUGCAUCGUGUCGCAGCAUCGUCCAAGAAGCCCCUUUUGCCUCCCGUUAUUGUAGAUCAAAUUCGCCUAUGGCAACUGGACACGGAGCGUAUGACAGCGACUCCGGGCUUUCUCUUUAUGGAUUUUGACUCGGUCAAGGAGUACGAGCAAGUCAGACAAUUUGCAGAGACUGUUGGCGUUUUAAAGUGGGCAGAUGAUAAGAAGGGCAUGUUCUUUGCCAACAAGGUUGAGCAAAUUAGAGAUUUCAUGAAAAACCGACGAAAGGACGAUCAGUGA